AGACAAGACACCUUUUGUACACCUAUUUAGAUAAGAAUGAUUGUAUCGUAUUCCGCAGUUGAUAAGGGAACUUGAAUCCCUUCGUUCGACGAACAAGUGGACGAGAGGGCGUCUUUUUCGUCAAGGAAAACGGGAUUUCAUCCGUCUCCUGCCUUCCACCACUCCUGCAAGUGUAGUCGAUGCUAGUCGUUUGAGACAAGUCUCCGGAGAUUCAUUUCUGCACAAUUCCAGCUGAGUCUUUUUCUCACACCAUCGUUCGCUUCUUGACGACAAAUCUUGUCAGCUUCCUCUUAUUCUGCAUCUUAUUCGCGCAUUUGCCUCUGAAGUAGGCUCGACACCCGCAUCUACGGGGGUUUCCUUUCGCGAAAGCUGCGUCUGGUAAACGAGUGACCUUUGACAAAUUCUCGAACGAACUCGAGUACGCAAAAAAAAUGUCCUUGCCCCUUUUCCUUUCGCACGCCUUCGCUUGUGUGAGUCGGAAAUGCGCUUCCACUCCUUCUCGCUUUCUUCCUUUUUCGGUGAAUGGAUGCUUUUCCCUGGGGAGUGUCGCGUCUCUCUCCGAAGAAGAGCUGCGCUGAGAGACUUUUUUUCUGCCUCGCUCAAAUCUGACUGAAGUAGCUCUUCUCUCAGGCCUUCUCGGCAGCACUCUAAUCUUUGAUUUCCUUCAUCUCCGACCGUUCUCCAGUAUCUCGUCAGUGAGCUGACGCUGUGCGUCAGGCGUCUGUGGCUGUGUGGCUCGAGCGUCCUUCCUCACUCUUGUACUAGAGAAGCAUUCCCGUUGAAGAAUCGCCGUCUUCGCCUUUUUGUGCCUUCGGUGUCUCGGAUGAGAAGGAGUAGCGUGCUUGCUCUCCAUUCGGCAGACGACGCUUGAUUUCGGUGUUCUGUCUGUUCGUUCCGGCGACAGGCAACGAACGCUUGAGGCAGGAGGUGUGUUCCACGAAUCGGAACGUUGAUAAAAAGACAGUGAACUUGUCCGUUUCCCACGAUCCCACACGGGUCUCUUUGAGGCGCCGCCCUCUGUCACUUUUCUUCUCUUCUCCCCAAACUCUGAACGACCUCGUCAAACUCGUCAUCGACUUCCUGUCUUUCUCUCCAGUUCGAGAGGAAGGCUUCGGCGGUGAACGCGUUGCCACUCGCGUCGAAUCGUCUCGAGUUUUCUUCUCUUCCAUGUCCGUCCCCAGGAGAUACCCUUCGACGGUGGACCCCAUCGGACAGCGGCUGUCGCUGUUGUGUCUCUUUCCUCGUUAAAGGCUCGUGCUGGCCACUCUCCCCUGGCGUUAAUUUACGCUUGUCUCUGAGGUCACACGUUCGCCAGUUUUCCUUUGUCUUUCUUGCUUACGUCUUUCCUGGAGGCCUCAGUUUCUUCGUUCUUCCCUCCAACACGACAGCCGCAAAUCGAUCUUCUCUACUUUCGCGGUUUUUCUGACUUUCCGUUCUGUCCCCAUCCGUUCCCCUGUGAAGACAUGUCGACCGCGAUUUCUCCAGGUCACAUCGAUGCCUCUGCGUUGUCUCCUCUAAAUCGUUUAUUCCCUCAUGUCUCCUCGCGCCCCCAUGAACAGCAGCACCCCGGAUUGUGUCUCCAAAAGUCCGUAACAAAGAGAGAACGAUCACUUCAAGAGAAGGGCGUGGAAGCCUGAAGGAAUCUCCCUCUCUCUCUCUCUGGUCGCACGCCUGGUCUCCAGUACUCCUCGCUGUGCGUACACCUCAAGUGGGGUGUCGCUCCAGCUGGCAAGGGGUACGGGUGGAAAUCGGACAGGAUUGCUUUGGUCGGAGGGACAAUCGCCGAUAAGCGUUCUACACGGAAAGAGGAAUAUUUGCGAGAGAAAGGAACAAGAACAACCCCGCAGCACGUCCAGGCACAGAACUAAAAUAAAUCUUCUGGAGGCGAGAAGAAUCCUAGUAUAUAUGCGUAUAUGUAUACUCAUGUAUACAUGCAUAUAUGCAUGUAUAGAUGUAGAGUCCUGUCGGCAGACUGACAUACACAGUGGCUGCGAGUCUGUAUCAGUGGAGACGGUGAGGUAUUGCAGAGCCGAGCUGUCAUGAGAUUCAUGUCUCACGGUCUUUUGGUGCACUCUGGUUCGCAACGAUGGUUCUUGAUACGUCUCCGCUCUCUUCCUCACCGGAAGCUUCUCCGUGUUUCUCUCCCGUCCUUUGGGAGUUGCCGCCGUCCGAUCCCUGCCGUUGGUUGCGCCCUCUUUCGCUUUCAGAGAGAGUGCAUGCGAUAGCGAGUUCCGUCUCUUCUCCCUCAAGUAGCUCCCGCCAAGAGCAUGCCGUCCUUCCUUCCAGCCUCCUGCCUCUGUUUGUUUCGCAGUCUUCUGUCUCUUCUCGCCGAGAGAGGAACAAAGAUCAGCGAACGUCGCAGAGCCGCAACUUCUCUUCUUCCAGUCUCUUUCCCUGCGGUCUCCCUGCCCUCUCUCCUUCCGCUUCGUCUUCCUUUCCUUCUGCGUCUUCGUUGUAUUCGUCUUCCAGUCAUUCGUCUGCCUCGUCUUCUCUCUCUUCCUCUUCCGUCUGUUCCUCUUUCCCUUGCGCGUUUUCAGCCUCUCCUGCGUCGCUGUCGCCGUCGGUGUCUCCAUUGAGGGCCGCGGCGCCUGAUGCGAGUGAGGGCAUGUGGGCGUGGGCCUUUGAGAAGCUCAAGAGAGAAGAAGACUCCGCUAGCGUCAACGCCGACGAAGCUCGUCUGUUUGCUCGCGUCACAGACCCGACGGUGUUUCGUCCUUUCUCUCGAACCAAUCUUCUUCUCACUCUGCAAAGCGCGAGACGAGGUGCCAUUCUCCCGCCUCCGUCGCACCCUCUCCAGUUUUUGAACGAGUCGAGAGGAAGACCAAGAAACAUCGACGGAGGGAAGGACGACCGCGAGACGCGCAGGGAGAUAGCGAUGCUGCGGAGGGACGCUGGGGACGCACAACGCAGCCCAACAAAUCGGAGGCACACAGGCAGCGAGCUCAGCCUGAGAACUCAAGAAGGUCUGGCGGGCCAAAGCGGCAAGUGGCAGCAGCGGCGCAAACAAGAGGGUGGAAGAAGAGCUGAUUUUCAGGACCCCAAAGAGGAGAGGAGAGACGGAGAAGUGGAGAAUCAGCAAGCAGGAUGGCAGGUGAAGAUAGGCGAGUUGAGAGAUCCGCAAGAGCAACUCUUGGAAGACGAACUCGGGCGAGGAGGGAGCGAAGGGGGUGCUUGCGUGGUGAUGACGUCGAUCAAGAAGGACGAGAGAACAGAGAUGACAGUAGGAAACAGCAUGCAAGACGACGACUCCGAAUGUGAGAGUGGUGACGCAGAGUCAACAGCUAGGCAGCGGUCUCUCGUUCCCUGCCAUGAACGAGUUUUGACAAACCCCCAGGGGAAACCGGUGGAGUCCCCAAAUUUUCUCCCCUGCUUUCAUGAACCUAAUACAGAUCCUGCGGGCGCCGCAGCCUCAGAAGGCAGUGCUUCUUUGCUUCAUUCCGACAAAGUCGAUCCGCCUGUCUUCCGGCGCUCUGCAUCUGUACCACCUCUCUCUUCUUCUGCCGCAUUCACCUCUCAGAGAUACAACGUUUUCGUCCCUCCUGCUUUCGCCCCCCCUCCCCUCUUCUGCUCGUCGUCUCCGUACAUGGAGGGCCUCGGCUCUCGCGGUGUACGUACAGGCCGAGCCGGUGGUGGCUGGGGGCGCCCACGGGGAGCCGUCGGGGGCCUUUAUCAAGCAGGCGUCGAUCGUUUUUUUCGACAGCAGAUUCUCCAUGACGAUGCGUUUGGUCGCAGCUUUCGCGCGCGUGGCCACUACGGUUGUGUUAAUGCCAUCAGCUUCUCGACGGAUGGCACGAUUUUGGGGAGCGGCGGCGACGACAAACGCGUUCUGCUGUGGCAUGUGGGAGAACCGAGGAAUCUUCCUUUCCAGGAGAUUCAGACGAAACACCAAGAAAACAUUUUUGGAGUCGUCUUCGACUCCUCAGACCAAUACGUCCUGACGUGCGGGAACGACGGUUUAGUCACGCGCGUUUCUAUGGAGAAUCCGAGCGACGUUGUGGUCCGCAAUGACGUGGACGCUUUGCGCCGAGAAGCCUCUUUGCCUCGCGAGGUCCGCCUGAGGCUCCUUCGGACGAUGGACGCAGGCGCUAGCUUCCAGGCUUCUUUCCUCUUCUCUCAACACCAACAAGCAAUCGUCGCGAUGGAGGCGGGCACUGUCGAGACGUUCGAUUUCCGAGAACGCGACAGGCUGGGACGCGUCGUCACUCGCGCCGGCGCCUCUGUUUUGAGCGUCUGUGUUCACCCUGUCCAGCAGUUCCUUUUCGCUUACUGCUGCUGCCAAAAAGCGGCGCUCGUGGACCUGCGCACAAAUGAGGCGGUCUGUGUUUUGAAAGAUGUUCUUCAUUACGAACGCCACCCCUCAGUCCCAGGAGGUCUUCCCCCUUCUGUCUCUCGCCUCGGCGCUCGCGGCCGGCAAUCGGCGGCACAAGACGGCCGCCUGCAGAUCGCAAGCAGGACGGAACGAGGACAUGAAAGACGAUUUCUGUCUUCUUCGCCUUCAGCGUCGUCAUCCGCAAACUCUUCGUCUUCUACAUCAUCAUCCUCGAAUUGGUCAUCUUCGUCGUCAGGGACUUCGUCCUCCGAACGCGGGAGAAGACGAACACGGCGUUCUUCCCCGCCUGCACGUGGUCAUCCACGUAGACGCAGGUCGAGGAAUGUUGCUUCCCCUUCGUCUCCCCCCUCUUCGCCCUCGUUGUCUGCCUCAUCUUUGUCUUCUUCCUCUCCAACCCCUUCGCCUUCCUCUUCUUCAGCGUCAUCUUCCUCUGUUUCUUCUUCGUCUUCUUCAUCCUCUCCCUCUCCACCUCGCUCUGUUCGUUCUUCGCAUCGCACGCAGAAGUCUUCUGGAUCUGAUGCUGCCGGAGAUGAGACGAAGAAGCAACAGGCAAAUUCAGACGGGUGGUCAAGCGACGGCGAGAUUCGGGCCGACAAUUCAUCCGCACAAACCCCACAUGCAGUCCCCGUAAAGCCAUCGUUUCUUCCUUCUGCCUCCGAUAGAGGGACGCGAGGCGCCAGAUGCAGGGGGGCCCUCAGCGAGGCUGUUCAAGAGAUUUCUCAUCUACCCUCCAGAGCAGCUGACAGCCGACGAAAAGAGGGAGAGUGCAGGUCCGUCAGACCAGAAUUUGAAAGAUCAUCAGAGCAAGAACGGAGGGAAUGUGACUCGGGUGCCUCGGUCUCCUUGGGAGGGGAGCAAGACCAGAGACACGAUGACGCUUUUCAGAGCGCAUUGCCUUUGCCGGCUGUAGCCUCGACUUCUGGCCCUUCGACGUCUUGCUUCGUUUCUCCAGUGCUUUUGUCGGAAAGCUACAAACCUGAAAGUGAUGGGGGAAACGAGGGUUCCCCGCCCUCCCCGUGGUCGUCGUCUUCGUUUCUUUCUCAAGAAGAGGAAAACCAGAGAGAGAGAAGAGAACACUUGCAGUCGGUCACCCCGACGUUUAUUUCCCCUUUGGAGGAUGAGACCUACGUCGAAUGCGAAGCUGACGCAGACUUCAGUGGAGAUGACUUCGUUUGCACGACGAGGGGACUGUCCUCGAAGAAGACAAUUCGAUGUGAAAGAGAUGAGAGUUCAGUUGAGUCUGUAGCAGAAGAGGCACCAGAACAAACGCAAACUACACUCGAGGGAGAAGCGGUUGCUGUCGCAUCUGUAGAAGAAGAAGCUCAAGGAUUCUCACCAUCUCAAGAGGGCCGCAGAACGGCGCUGCGUCCGGCGUUGACGAGGUUCGAAUAUAAGCGGAAGCACUCGAGAUGUGAGGGAGAGGCCGGUGUCGAGAGGGCAGAGGUUCCGGAAGGAAACGUGGAGACAAGGAAAAGAAGGAAGAAGAAGGCAGAGAUCUCUCCUGUCGUCGACUGCGGCCAAGAGGAGGAGGACCGUUCGAGAUCUGCCUCUCUAGGGAUGCAUUCAAAGAACAAUGUGAGUGGCGAACCGGAGGAUGUCGCAGAGGUGAAAGGCAUCGGAAGAGCCGGCGACAGGAUGCCCUUUGUUGGGACAGACAUGGAAGAUGAGGAGACAAUUGAACAGGCGGCGGCUUCUGCGAGAAGGUCAAGGCUCGCGGCAAGGAAGGGGCGAAGGCCGCUCAUGGAAGUGACGACGAAAAACGAGGAGAGGCCUGAGUGCACCAGCACCAGAGGCCUGGCUGAUGGUCCAGCUUGCGGUGGAGACCAAGCACAGGGGGAGAUGCCGACCGACCUUUCAAACGAAAAAUCCGAAGAAAACCAAGACGCAGAGAAGGCAAGUGACCACUGCGGAGAUCGCGAGGCAGGAGGGGUUGAAGCAGCGCUUCUCCCAGAAGUCGGGCGACCAGAGAGUUGCGCAUCUUUUCGUUCCAGGGAGUCGAAUAAGGGGGCUCAAGAAGUCGCCACAAAGCCGUUUGUUGCCGUGGUGCUUCCACAGUCUUCGACAAAGACUGAGGAUGGCGAAAGGGCACUUUCAAAUAAACUGGAAGUCACGGCGAGCGGCCCUGUGAGCGAAGAAGGUGCGAGAAGCAAAGGGUACGUUUCGGACCCUGAUGAGCUCGCAGGGGCUGUGCCCAUCUUUGAUGUCGGAUCCGAAAACGGCACCCGAGAGAGAGCUGCCGCGACUUGGCGGAGAAGACCAGCAAGUUUUCCAAACGGAGGGGAGACUCAAGGCGAAACGGAAUCUCACGGGGACACCCGUCACAGUGCUGGCGGCAGCGGGAGUGAAUCGCGAAGAACGCGUUCUCGUCGGCGGAGAGAAGCCGCAGGCGAGAUGACUGAAGAAGAGAGAAGUUCCGAGUUCAAAAACGAACGUCCAAAAGUGCCGAGAGAGGAGAGACGAAGCAGGGGGCAAGGCGCCGACUUCGGUUCCAGUGAAGUUGAGAAAGGCGAGCCUAAAACAAGCCGUGAAGUGAGGUGCCGCCAAGAGAGACAGCGGGUGGACGAUUGCGAAGGGAUACCUCCUAAACAAAGCGCCCCCCGCCUCCCUGCUACAAGUCGACACAGAGAAGACAGAACAAAAUUUUCAUCAGUCUCGGAAGCAAAACGCCAAUUCCAUGAUAUGGGCGAAUCUGUGGCACCAGGCAGUCGCCAGAUUCCUCCUUCAGAGAAUCAAAAUUUAAGCGAAAACGAAACUUCGUCUCGCAGUCUCCUCUCGGCUGCCUCUUCGCAGGUCGCGUCCCGACGGCGUUCCGCUUCGUCCUCCAGCUCUCCUCGGCGAUCCGAGUGCAGUGGUUUCCUGUCGACACCAAACACUCGUCGGUCUCCCCAUUCUUGCUUGAGUCGUUCUCCAGAGUCGGAGGCCUUGGUCUCUUCGUCAGAGCGGCACGAUAGGGUCGGGGCGGGACAACAAACGGAUGUAGGCGACGCGCGCGGAGACCCACGGGACCUCUGUGAAGAAAGAAAAACACUCGAUAUCCACGGGAGAAGAACGCACCGUGUCGAGGAAGGCGAAUGUGAGGACAGCAGCGACGCAGACACGCAAUGCCAAGGGUCCUCACGUGCGUCAAGUCAACGGAGUAUAGACCAGUUGGCGGCGGUUUCCAGUGGACGUGAGACCGGGCAAGGCGAGGCAGCAGAAAGUGAUGCUGCUUCACCUCAGGCUUCUUCAGAGGCGCUGUCGGAUCUCGACCAAAGCGAAGUUCAUCGACGACGCAUGCGCUUGAGACGGCGCCUCCUUCGGCUGCUUCAGAGACGUGCAAGAGAGACAGAGGCUCUCGGCGACUCUUUCGCAGGUGGCAGGAGACGCCAGAUGCGGGGGGAAGGCCUCAAAGCGAAACGGGCCGAUGCUAGGCUCCUCAGAGGCUCUCAUCGCGUCCACUUUUCUUGGUCAGGAAAAUUGAUGCUGCUCAUUCUUACUCGAAAACCCCCGCUGGUCUACGCGACUGGAGGGCAGUUCCCUCUCUUCGAACUGAGGAGCGACGGAUGGUGGAACCUGGUGACUCUAAAGUCCGGCUGUUUCCUCUUCGAUGAUCGCCACAUCGCAAUUGGAUCUGAAGACAAACGUGUUCAUGUCUGGCGCCUGCCGGACGUUAUUGAUUUCGAGGCGCAUGCAGUUCACCGUCGCACUACGAUUCUCUACAGCGCCUACACCCUCUCCGGGCAUCUCUCCAUCGUCAAUUGCUGUGCUAGCACUCCGCCUAUCGGGAUAGGACGAGCUUCUCCUGUCCUGGCCACGUGCGGCAUAGAACGGAUGAUUCGCCUUUGGACACUUGGAAAACAGUCGGACGGCAUCUCUGAUGACUGUCUGUUCUACCCGCCUGACGACAAGUAUGUCACUCCAGAAAGCCUGGAGAACAUGGAUGUCAUCAGCCACUUCAACCGUCUCGCAGUGCUCCACCGACGACGCUUCGGUUUGGGAAUGGACACCGAUGAUAGUGACGAAGACGAAGAGAAUGUGAGCGAACCGUCACCUUUACUGGGAGACAGUGGAGACGAUGACGGAGAGGGUCAAGAAGACGGUGAAGACGAUGACGCAGGACAGGGGAGCUGGCACUUGUCUCUCCGAAGUUCACGGAGGGGAGCGGAUGAGCAGAGUGGAGGCGACGACGGCGAGAGUGUCACACCAGCGGAAAGUGACCACGAUGUGGGGGUCUCCGGGGCUCAACCGAGCGACUCAGACACACCACAGCCGUCUAGACACGCAGAUUCCUCUCCGGCGCGACAGAGCCGCACGCGUAGACUCGCAGCGGACACAGACGCACAAGGUGAAGAAGUCGACACUGCAAGCGGACAUGCGAAUGAAGAAGUGUACAGUUCUGAUGACCACAGGGGACGCCAUAGGGGAGGCAGCAGCCACACAGACUCACCUGCAGAUAGUGAUGAGCACAGACGUACACGUGUCGAACGAACGGAAGCAAGACGACGUAGACACGAGUUAGAUGCUUGCGACGUCUAUAGGGGGUCAGCGGGAGAGUCCUUUGGUGCCGAUGAAACCACCAGGGGGAUUCUUGGCCAACGACAGGGCGUUUCGGAACGAUGGCGAAGAGCUGCAGGCAGCGAGGGAAGCCGUGCCACGCCCGAACACGGAGGCAGAAGCAGAAGAAUGAGACGCCGACGAUCGCAUGGUGCGAGAAACAACGAAGAACAGAGCAGUGACAGCGAGCCUGUGGGUAUUUGUAUCCGUUAUACUGUGCCACGAAGCAACGAUUUCUUAGUGUAACAAUUCGGCAGCCUGACUUCUGCUCAUCCGUUUCGUUACCCGUAGCCUUUUCAGCUUUUUCGUCUAUGUCAUUCUCAAGGUCCAUGUUGCUGGGCAUCUUUUUGCAUGGGCGCAAAUUCACCCUACCACUCUAAAGGUAGCGGAGCCGUGUCUCUUCCUGAGUACAAGCCGUUCCAACACAACCUGAGGGGCAUUUUUAUUCUGUGUGUUCCGAGGCACACAGGAGAUGUGAAAUAGAUUUUGCAGAUUUUUGAUUGUGGGCAAAUAGAGGGCUGAGAAUGGCCACCAAAGUGACCAACUAUACUUCUGUCAACUGCCGCCGUACAUCUGCGUACUGCACCGAAUUGCAAGUGUAAUAUAACGAGAUCCAGCAUUCCGGC